AUGUAGAAAUCAAUACAACUUAGAAUCAUUAAUGAUGAAAUUAGAUAUGAAAUAGAGAAGAGCAUUAAAAAAGGAGGGUUCGGGGAGGUGCACCAAGUCGUUGACAAACUAGAUAAAAAUAAAACUAAAUAUGCAAUGAAAUAUCAAUAAUUAGCAAAUAUACUCAACUCUAACAACAGCUUAGAAUAUGAAUUAUUAAGAAUACUAAGAGAAAUUUGCUCCUAUCAACUGAGGCACCCUAAUAUCACAUGUGUCAAAGAUUCUUUCUUUAACAACAACGGCAAGCUGGUCUUGAUUUAAGAGUUAGCUUAGUGUGAUCUUUAAGGAUAUGUUAGACAAUAAGGAGGGAACUUGCAUCCUUAAAAAAUUGUUGCAAUUAUGAUACAAAUUCUUAAUGGCUUGGAGUAUAUUCACAGUCUAGACAUCAUACAUAGAGAUAUAUCCCCAGAUAAUAUUCUCAUGUUUGAGGGAGAAAUAGUCAAGAUAUGUGACUUUGGUAUAGCCUCAUUUAGUCAAGAAACUUUUUCAGUUAGUGGUAAAAAACUAUAUAUAGCCCCUGAAGCUUUAGAAGGAGAUCACAAAACUGAUUAAAAGUCAGAUGUAUGGUCACUAGGUGUUUUGCUCUACUACCUCUGCUCUGGAUAAUCGGCGUUGCAUGGUAUUCCACUGAGAGAAAUAAUUAAAAUUAGACAAGCAGAAGAGCAUUAUAGACUUCAAUUACCUAACAACUAUAACCAGUUUGAUGAGAUACUGAAUAGAAUGAUGCAGCUCAAACCAUUUGCUAGACCUUCUGUCAAAGAAAUUAAGAAUGUAUUUUACUAGAUGAUAGAAGAAGAAGCUAAGAUGUAAUAUUAAAGAGAGCUCUUAAUAUCAGAACUUGAAUAAAAGCUAAAGGAUAGUCAUAAGAUAAUCUGUGAAUCUGAGAAGGAUGAUGCAUCUAGUUCGGAGUUAAUACAACAUAUCAAUCUUAGUCAAUUUUUGAAACAAGCAGUCAGUGAAAUAAAUGACUUUGCCAAUAUAAAUAUCGAAUCUUCACUGAAUAUUGAUGAUAUCUAAAGCUUUGCAGAAGAUUUUUAGGGUUUUGGUCUUACUAAAGCUGAGAUUGAAUAGUAAAAACUCCUCAUGGCAAGUUAUAAUAAAUAAAACUAAGUAAGCACUUUUUAAAAGGAUCAGAGCUAGAGAAUCUAGAAUAGAUUCAAUAGAGAUGUUGGCAAUAAACUACAAUAAAGAGUAGAGCUCAAGUAAAAGUAGUUAGUAGAAGUGAAUUUUAAGAUAAUAAAAAGUAAUGUUUUCUAACAAUCAAGCUAUCCAUUGAGUUACGUCUAUAAGAGUGCAGCAAUGUAUGUUGCGACGUAUUCUAAUGGAAGAUAAAUAAGAAUGACAAAUGAUUUUGUACUACUUUAAAACGAAGAUGAUACUAAUUAUUGUUGCUAUCAUCUCCAAGGUAGUGUACUGUUCCAAUAAAAAUAAAAUAAGAUGAUAAGAUGCAAUCCGAAGAGUUUGAAGUCAUUGUUCCCACCUUAAGGUAAUUUCAGCAAUACUAAGUAAAAGGUGACUAAAUUCAUUUAGUUCUCAAAUGAUGUUAUUUUAACGGGUCAGCUCAAUGGAUAUAUCUAGCUAUUCAGUGUUUCAAAUAAAAAAUAUUCUUAGGAAUUUUAAUUGUAAAAGUCUGGGACAAUCAAUGAUAUUUGCCUUGCUCAGAGUAAGCAAGAUCAAAUUUAUGCGUUUGGCUGUGACAGAGGUUUAUUUAUUGGAGUUUUCUUUGACAAUAGUCCUCAUAAUUAGAAUGGCUCAUUCGAUAGCAAUGAGUACAACUUUGAGUUUGUCUAAAUGGAGGAUUAGGUAUUCUGCUCUGGAUCUUUUUGUAAUACAGUAAUGCAAGUAAAAUAGGGAUUCAUAGCUGGAACGUUUAAGGAUGUUGGCAAUGAUAACGCUUAUUUGAUUAUAAUAAAUAUUGAAGAUAAGUCCUAGAUAAGGAAGCUGAUGUUUAAGGGGCUUCUUGGGAUUUAUAGCACAUUAGAUUAUGACUAUGAUAAAUAUCCAUUUACUUUUGCAAAAGAUUAGAAAGCAUUAUACAUAGUCAAUAUUUAAACAUUAGAGAAAAAGGAAAUUAUCUAAAGUGAGUAUCAAAGCAGGCCAUCUCAUUAAUCACUUUAUAUCUAUCAAGAAGAUUUAAAUAAUUCAAAGAUUUUAAGAAUCGUAGAUUUGCUAUAUUCUAAAAAUUAGAGUGAAAUAAGAGAGCUUGAAAUUCAAAUGCCAUGA